CCCCUUCUCUCUCUCUCUCCAUUUCCCCACCUCCUGCACCCUCCCCGCCCCGCCCCGACCUACAUCGAGAAUCUCUCUCCUGGCGGCCCAUGUUAGGCAGUAAAACCAGUGACAGAUUGAACCGCCCCUUCCCGGUCCGACGCCUGGCGGGCACCCUCACACUCAGGCCGGAGAGGAAUCCAGCUCUUGAGGCACCCCAUUCCCUCACAGGACCAGAGCCCCUCACCCUGAGACCAGGGUCCUGGAAACACUGAAGGGUUGAGACCAUGUGGGCCGUGAUGGAAAGCAUCCAGAGCAAGUACUCACUGUCGGAGAGACUGAUCAGGGCCAUCACCCUCCGAGGUCUUCCUCACGACACAGUGCACGGCCUGAUCCAGAGGGGUGCGGAUGUGAACUGUACUCACGGCACACUGAAACCUCUGCACUGCGCCUGCAUGAUGGCCGAUCCCGAGUGUGUGGAGCUGUUGUUGGAGAAUGGAGCAGAGGUGAACGCCCAAGAUGGCUACCAGAGGACUCCCCUGCACUACGCGGCAGAGCGGGACGCUGCCUGCGUGCGGUUGCUGCUAGCGCGGGGAGCAGAUGCGGCAGCGGGCGAUGGUGGCGGCCACACCCCUCUCCACUGGGCCGCAUUCCGUGAGCAGUCGUCCUGCGCCCAGGCCCUGCUUGAGGGGGCCGGCAAGGGGUACCAGGGCCUGGUGAAUGCCCGGGAUCGGGCGGGGGAUACCCCACUCCACUGGGCCGCCUGCCGGGCUAACCUGGCCUGCAUCCGCCUCCUGCUCGAGUACGGCGCCGAGCCACGGGCCCUCAACCGAGGCGGCCAGAGCCCUGCGUGCCGGCUGCAGGGGCUGUUGCGGAGGGGAGGCGAGGAGGCCAGGGGAGAGAGGAACCUGGCCUGCCUUGAGCUGCUGCUGAGGGCGGGCGGUGGACCGAAGGGACCAGGACCUGAUACCCUCCGGACCCUCAGCCGCCAUGCUGUCCGUCGCUCGCUUGGCGCCCGCCACCUGCCGCCCGCAGUCAGCGCCCUCCCACUGCCUCUGCCUCUCCAGCGGGACCUGCUGCUGCUGGGCUGAUGGGGUUGGUUGGUAGGAGGAGCACUCUUCGGCCCUUCUCCUGGGUACUAGAAGAGGGCUAGGAGGGUGAGGUGUCUCUCUCUAGUAUUUUAGAAAAGGAUGAGGAGGCCCUGUGGCCCCUCUCCUGGGUACGACUGGGCAGGAGGGUGGUUUGGAAGAAGGCUGGCCCCCUCAGGUGUAAUGAAGGGUACCAGAAGGUCCUUCUCUCUACUCCCGGUUACCAGAGGGUUUGCGUAUAGGAAGGUGAUGGGUCCCUCUUCGAUCUUUUAGAAGUGGGGAGGAGACCCUUCUCUCCUGGGUAUUAGGGGGUGAGGGUAAGAAGGUGGAUGGCUCUACAGUGCCUCAGACGAGGAUAUGAGACAUUUCAGCCUUUCUCACAGGCAUUAGAUGAGGGUAGGAUACCACUCAGUCCCUCUUCUCUAGAUAGGCACCAGAUGCCCUUCGCACCCUCUCCCAGGUACUAGAUGAGAUUAGGAGGGUGAUGGGCCACUCUCUGGCAUUCUAAACAAGAAUAUGAGGCCCUUUUCCCACUGUCCCAGGUAGCAGCUUGGGGUAGAAGGCCUUUUGGCCCCUCUCCUGUACUCAAGAUAUGCAUAGGAAUCUGUCCAGCCCCCCUUGCUUCCUGAACGGGGAAAGGGAAAGGUUUUAGACCUUCUGCUGGGAACUAGACGGGGGUAGGAAGCCAAUUGGCUCCUCUGUAUCUCUCCUGGCCACACUCCCUGCUCUGUAAUGUGUACAUGUUUUGAAUGAGAGUCUGUGUGUGUGUGUCAUUGGGACGUAGGUUUGAGUAUUUCCACACUGAAGAGCUUAUUAUUUGCAAUGUACUCUAUGUGUUCACAAAUUCUGGAACCAAUAAACAUUUGCAGAUUU